AAGAUGUGGAUCCAGGUUCGCACCAUUGAUGGCUCCAAGACGUGCACCAUUGAGGACGUGUCUCGCAAAGCCACGAUUGAGGAGCUGCGCGAGCGGGUGUGGGCGCUGUUCGACGUGCGACCAGAAUGCCAGCGCCUCUUUUACCGGGGCAAGCAGGUAAAUGAAUUGGUGGAUGCCAGAGAUGUCGGCCUUGGUGCUUGGUUUGAAGCACACAUACAUAGUGUUACUAGAACUUCUGAUGGACAGUCACGUGGCAAAACUCCACUGAAGAAUGGCAGUUCUUGUAAAAGGACUAAUGGAAAUAUAAAGCAUAAAUCCAAAGAGAACACAAAUAAAUUGGACAGUGUACCCUCUACGUCUAAUUCAGACUCUGUUGCUGCUGAUGAAGACGUUAUUUACCAUAUCCAGUAUGAUGAACGGGGUAGUCUUGGGAACCUGGAAGGACAACAGGGAGAUCACAGAAGGGCAUCUGUGUUAAAGAAGUGGAUGGAGGAGGGGUAG